GGCCAAUGGAAGCUCCCAAUUGGUCGAUGUGUAACCCCAUUGCCGAUUCAUUCGGCUUGUUCGAAGAGGAGCAGAACGAUAUCUUUGACUUCUUACCAAUGAUGCCGUCAAUUCCACAAUAGUCCAGGAGUGUAGCAGUGGUUGGCUACCUAUGGAAGAACUAUAUCCUUCAUUCAUGACGGGCCUGUCCCCCUCAAUAGACGUGUAAGCUGGGUACGCCAUCAGGAAUUCGACCCAUUCGGGGUCGAACCAUGGACUACACGAGGCGAUCAACUAGGUAUGCUCGUCGAAACGCUAAAGGUAGAAAGAAAGAUAGCUCGAAAAUGCGGUAAGGAACUUCCAGGGGAAUAUGUGCGGUGCUUGCGUUGCCGAACCCAACCUGCCCGUUAUCCACCCAGCAGGAAAUUUGGCGCAUAGCAUGCCGCUUGCUGAUCAAUCCUUGAUGGGAAAGGCUGGAUCUGAUCCACCGAGCUUGGGCAGACUCGCCAAGGACAGACUUUUGCUUUCAAUGACAGAUGGUGUGGCCUUGAAAGCCAGUUUUUGAACCCGGCUCCUGAUCGGCGCCGUCGCCGGGAUGCUCUGUGGCCCCGGUGCCGGACCGGCCCCGAUGCUGCAGUUGCAGAAGAUGAAGAUCCAACAU